UACAAACUUACAGGACAAACAGCCAUCAAAGAACAACUAUCAACAUUUUUUGGCAGCUUUCCUGCUCUUCACUUUUCUCUGAUAUUUCAAGUUUAAACCAGUUACACCAUGGCUAACCAACCCAUCCAAAACAACCAUGAAAAUGCCUACAUGAGUUUGAUGCGAGGUCAGAGACAGCUGGAUUUCUGUGGACCUUGUGUACCCAGCGACCUGAUUCUGAUCGGAGACCAUUCCUUCCCUUUAGCCAUGAACAGCCACGGUCAGGUUCUGAUGGCUGCCUCUCUGUACGGCAGUGGGAGGAUUGUUGUCCUGGGUCAUGAGGGCUACCUGACUUCUUUUCUUGCUCUGGUGGAGAACGCACUGUUGUGGCUGAGAGGCGACGAAUUAGACAAACUUUCUGUAGCUGUGCACAGAAAUGUCCAGGCUGUCGCUGACAACCUCAGCAGGUCCAUCUUCCAAAUAGAAGUGGUGGGAUCUUUCAGUAACGAUCUUAAAGCUGCUGUGUAUGUGACAGAUGCAUACAGCGUGGGCGCGGACCCAAAGGACCUGGUGGCGUUUCUUAAAGCAGGAGGGGGAGUGCUGAUUGCUGGUCAGGCGUGGAGCUGGGCUGCAGAUCACCCAAAUGAGAACACAUUGUUGAAUUUUGAUGGAAACAAGGUGUCUGGUGUUGCGGGGGUCUACUUCUCUGAUCAUCCUGCUGAGGUGGAAAACCUUCCUGUCUACCCACAGAUCCCAUCCUCCUACAUGGCUAUAGUAACUGGUAAGGAUUUCGAGGAUGACUUGCAGUUUUUGCUCCAGGGGAUAUCAGAGUUUAACCUUCCAAAUGGACUAACUGCCUCCGAGGUUUUGGUCCACGGCUCACUUGCCUUCCCAAUUGGCACCACAGGGAAAGGACAGGCGUUCCUGGCAGGAGCCUACUAUGGCCAGGGCCGGGUCAUCGUGGUUACGCAUGAAGGCCUUCUGUGGAAUGAGGAACUGGCUCAGUUUUGGACCAAUGCCAUUCACUGGCUGGACGAAGGUCGCAGGGGAGUUGUUGGUGUAGCACCGGAUAAUGCCCUCAACAUGCUCUCCAGGUCAGGUCUGAGGUGUGAGAAAUCAGGCUUCAAGAAAGACCUGAGUGUGUUCGUGUGCACGGCAUACAGCAGUGACAACCUGGAAGAAAUCCAAAACUUUGUAGCGGAGGGUGGAGGUCUUCUGAUUGGAGGACAUGCUUGGUACUGGGCACAGACCCAUCUUGGGCAAAACACACUAACUGAGUUCUCAGGAAACAAAAUCCUGAACAAAAUGGGUUUGAGCCUGUUGGGGGCAACACUUUCUGGAGGUGUGUACAAAGCUCCUGUUCCCAGCCAGGCCACCAAAGACACCUACCACUUCCGUCACCUCCUACACCGCUUUGCUAGACACGUAACUGUGGGUGAAGAACUCAGCAAACAUGAAGAGGAACAUCUCAAGAAGCUGGGCACCGACUGCGCCACCUUUUUGAACAUGAAAGCUCACGACUGCUGCUCCUACACUCAGGUGGUGGCCACGCUCACCGAUGUCUUAAAGAGGACGGGUCUGCCACAGGUGAGCGACUCCUGCCCAAUCAAAAGUCCCAAAGACCACCUACUUCUCAGUGUGGGGGCUGAGGUAUAUAAGGUUUGUCCAGAUCCAGAUGCCCUUCUGCCCCACCUCAUCAAGGAAAACCCACUGCUGCCAGUUGUCUACAACCGCAAAAUCAAGAUUGAUGUUGACACAAGAGGUGGGGAGGAGUGGAUCAGUACCGGUCUCUAUCUCUCUCCUGGCAUGAAAACCUACAUUGCCAUACCUACAGAGAUUCUCAACAAAGGAUGGCAGGUUCAGAUCGGCUGUCAAACAGAUCGACUGCACUCUGAAGAGCUGAAGAGGCCUCCACGUGUUCACGAGCGAUUUCCUGUGACCUCAGAGAUGAUCCAGGUGUGGAACCUGUGGGGAGGACUCCUCUACCUGGUGGCUCCACCCAACACGCAGGUGCAAGGGGUAUAUGCCACAGUGCAGAUGGCCGUUCCUGCACCCUAUUAUAAAUCAGGUGUGACAACUGCAGCUAACUGGUUGCUGCUGCGCACGGCUCCCUCACCCUGGGCAGAGCUGGAGUUCGACAACAUCAUCUUCACCGUACCGUCGGAUGCUGUCAGAAACCUGGAGCGUCCCGAUGAGGGGGCAGCCCUGUGGAGUGACAUCAUGAGAGCCAUUGCUGACCUGGCUGCCGUACCACACAAAUUUCCUCGCAAAGAGCGCUUUGUGGCAGAGGUGCAGAUUUCACAUGGUUGGAUGCAUGCAGGUUAUCCCAUCAUGGCACAUAAGUCCUGUGCAUCUGAGGUGCUUAACACUGAAAGUGCAAAAACCAACGGCAUGUGGGGUCCCAUCCAUGAGCUCGGACACAACCAGCAGAGAGGCUGCUGGGAGUUCCCGUCCCACACUACAGAGUGCACGUGCAACCUGUGGUCAGUGUAUGUGCAUGAGGAGGUGCUGGGGAUCAACAGAGCAAAGGCUCAUCCAGCUAUGAGAGUGGAAGAAAGAAAUACUCGGGCAAGGGACUAUGUGAAUGGGGGUAGGCAACUCAGCAGCUGGAGCAUGUGGGUGGCCCUGGAGACUUAUAUGCAGCUCCAAGAAAAGUUUGGCUGGGACGCCUUUAAGAAGGUGUUUGCUGCCUACCACAACAUGAGCAACUUUCCCAAUGACAACAAUGGAAAGAUGAACCUGUACGCUGAGACCUUCUCUCAGACUGUGGGCAUGGAUCUGACCAGAUUCUUCAAAGCCUGGGGGUGGCCAAUCACAACAGCCACUGAGGAGAAACUGUCCAGCCUGCCUCCUUGGUCUGAUCACCCCAUGACCCAGUAUGACUGACCAUCAGGCGGCUCUGGAUUAGGGACCACCAGGAUACAGUUGUUACAAAAACCAGUUUAAGUAGAUGAGCUAUAUAUAUAUAUAUAUU